UUUGUUUGGAAUAUACAGAACAGCUGUUUCUAAUAGCCGAUAUGGCAACCUGCGAGUUCAGCACGUGUGAUUUGUUUGGGUUCAUUUUUUUUCAUCGCUCACCGGUGUACAACUCUUAUGUAUUUUGUUAUUUUCUAAUAAAAAUACAAAUAAAUUAAACGUUAAAAUCACAAUGGUCUUCUUCACUUGCAAUCACUGCGGGGAAUCUGUUAAAAAACCAUCUGUAGAGAAACACUACAAUACGAAAUGCCGGGGUGCUACGAAGAAUGUUUCAUGUAUGGAUUGUCUUAAAGAUUUUCGUGCAGAAGAGUAUGUUGCGCACACUAAAUGUAUCACGGAAAUACAGAAAUAUUCCGGUAAAGAUUAUGUGCAUAAAGAAGCCAAGAACAGUGGUGCCAAAAAGCAAGAAAAUUGGAUGGACAUCAUACGUGCUAUACUUGAUUCGAAUGAAUACAAGCUAAGCGAGCAGGCACGUAGUGCAUUUGAACGCUUACAGAGUCUCGACAAUGUGCCGAGGAAAAAGGCAAAAUUCCAAAACUUUGCAAAAAAUUGUAUGCGAAUGCCAGUGCGCUUGGUGGCAGAAGUUUGGAAUGUCCUCGAAAAAGAGCAGGAAAAGAUGAAAUUAGCGAAGCAAGAAGAGAAUGCCGCAGCAGCUGCGAAGAAGGAAGAUAAUCCUAAACAGAAUGGUGUAAAACGAGAAGCAACUGAGGAAACUGAAAGCGAAGAGCCUGUAAAGAAAAAAUCCAAAAAGAAUAAAAAAGAAAGUGCAAAGACACAAGAAGAGGAAGGCGCAAACGUUGAAAGUGUUAAAACAAAAAAGAAAAAAUCAAAGAAGCUGGAAAUUGACGAAGAAACCGCUGUAGCAGCUGCAUCAAAUGGAACCAACGAACCUGCCAGAAAGAAGUCAAAGAAGAAAAAGAAUGAUGUCCAUGAGGCAGAAAUCGCCGAAGCGGUUGCCAAUGAUACAGCAUUAGAAGCUAACGCAGAAACCAGCGAUGAUUUCGAAUGGAGUGUGGUGUUAGAUAAAAUUGUACGAAAGAAUAAUGACGGUAUUGCCUUGGAGAAGCUUAAAAAACGUGUCUUGAAGAAAUAUGCUGCCAAAUGUGGUGCUGAAGAAUUAACAGAGAAGCAGCAAAAGAAAUUUGAAAAGAAGUUUUCUAAAAACUUAAAAAAGUGCACAGCAGUGCAGGUGAUUGACGAAAUUGUAAAAGCAUGCUGACGUUCGCUAAUUAUAAUAAAUGCAGUUACUUACAAAUUACCUAAGUUUCUAUAUAAAUUUAUCUAAUAUUUAAGAAAUUUAAAUAAUUUGUAUCUUGACACACUAGCAAAUAAAAAAUUUGUACUUGUAAAAUAUAUAUAUGUACAUAUGUAUAAUGCAAUUACUUGUAUGUUAAAAAAAACAUAAUUAAGAUAUGUAUAUGCAAAAAACGAAUAUUCUGAUAAUUAUUUUUGACGUGAUACAUGAAAAAAUAUUGGUAAGCAAUUUGUACUGCAUGGUGGUUAGCCUUCAUUCUUACCAUGCAACUAUUACCCAUCUGCAUUUUUGCGGUCAUUACCAAUUGAAAUAGAAUUAUGGUUUUUUUUUUGUAAUUUUCUAAAAGACUUCAGGUUUUCUUUCAAACUAUAAAACUCAACUGCAGAUCCAAGCAAAUUCAGUUGCAUUUUAUACCAUCAACUAAGUUAAUAUUUGCUUCCGAAUAAAAUGUAUUUCUUUAAAUUCGCA